AUGAAACCAGGAUUAUAUCACGAACAAAAAUGUUCACAGCUAUUAACUAAGGAUGAAAAUGAAUCUGUGUUACAACUAUUGGGCCCAAAAUGUCAAAGUUUAGCUAUGGCUGUAGUUCAGUUUUUUAGCACCGAUGGUCCUGAAGGUACUGAAUGGAGGCAAAAGAAUUUUGGAAUUCUUUGUUUUGUCAGAGACCCGAAUAGAAAGUCAUAUUAUUUUCGAUUGUAUUGCCCAAUAAGACACCAAUUAUUGUGGGAACAUGAAAUGUAUAAUGGAUUGCAAUACCAAAGUUCUGCUAAAUUUUUCCAUUGUUUUGAAGCCGAGGAAUGUAUAGUUGGGUUUAAUUUUGCAAGUGAAGAUGAAGCUGCAGUGUUUGAAGAGACAGUAAUUAAUUUACAAAGAAGAAGACGGGAAAAACGACUGGAACAAAGGUCGAAGUCGCACAAUAAUCAAAAUAAUGUCUUGCAACCUGUAAGUAGUUCUAAUAACACUUAUGGACCACCAGUUCAAAUGAAUGGUAAAAGUCAUAAAAAUAAAGGGAAAAAUUCAAAAAAUAAGAAAUACACAAAAGAUCAAAUAGGUCUACCAGAAAAUUUCAGACAUGUGCAACAUAUUGGUUGGGAUCCAGAUCGAGGUUUUGAUUUAGGACAGAUUAAAGAUCCACAAUUAAAUACAUUCUUUGCUAAGGCCGGGGUUUCCGAAAGUCAACUACGUAAUCCUCAGACUCGAGAUUUUAUUUAUGAUUUUAUUGAUAAACAUGGUGGUAUGGAUGCUAUUAAAGAAGAUGUUCAAGAUUCACUUACUCCGCCUCCUUUGCCAACAAGAUUUCGUCAAGCUCCACCUCCACCUCCACCUACUUCAAAUAAUACACCAAAUAUAAGAAGUCCAGCACCACCGCCCCCUCGGCCUAACAAUGUGACUAUUCCAGUUAAAAAACAAGAAGACAUUUUUAUUCCUCCACCUCCGCCAUUAAUGAAUGCAGCUCCACCACCCCCACCGCCGCCACAAAUGGAAUUAACCAAGAGUAAGCCUGUUGAAGCUGCACCAGACACUAGAUCUGCACUAUUAGAAGCCAUCCGGUCUGGUAAAACACUCAAGCAUGUUGAUACUUCAAAUUCUGUAAAAGCAUCUAACACUACAGAACCUAAUUCAAGAAAUAACUUACUUGAUCAGAUAAGACAAGGCGUAGAAUUGAAAUCGGUGCAACCAAUCGAAAAGAAAAGUAUUAAAAAUUUAGAAGGGGAUGGUUUAGCUGGGGCAUUAGCCAGAGCUUUAGCUGAACGAGCUAGAGUUAUUCAUAGUGACAGUAGUACCAGUGACUCCAGUGAAGGUGAUGAUGACUGGGAUGACUGA